CGGUCCCUCCCCGCCCGCCCGCCGCAGCCAGAGACCCACCGACACCUGAGCUGAGACACAACAGGGACCCCCGAGGGCAGGGGAGAGACUCGGGGCCGAUCCGGUGGAGACUCACAGGGUCCCGGACUUUUUAGAGGCGCGGCCGCUGCGGAAUCUCUUGUCCCGAGGGGAAUGUGCAGCCCGAGCUGAUACCGACCCACAGGUCCCCACACAUCGCCCCCUAUUGGCUGUGUAUAAUCAGCUACACCUGUAAAUCUGAUCUGAUCGUGAUGCCACCCUGGGGAGUGGCGCAGUAUUUACCCUCCUGCCUGCGAUGACCCCCAGCAAACUGCGAGAUCGACCCUUCUACUGUAGGGAAUGGGCCUUUCAGAGACUUCAGCACUGCCUGGAGGGGCUCGGAGGAACCCGGGCCCCUGGAAUUCUCAUCACUGGGGCCCCCGGAGCAGGAAAAACAGCUUUAUGUACAGAAAUCCUAUGGCCCAGCUCAGAGGCCGGACGUUGCUCUCGGCUCAGCUCCAGGGUCCUGGCAUAUCACUUCUGCCAAGCUCAUACUCAUGCCAGUCUGUGCCCCCAGCAGUUCAUCCAGAGCCUGGCACAGCAACUGCAAGAGACCCCCCUCAUCAGCGGCUACAAAGCAGAUACAGAGACGACCCAGGAGGAUCUUGAAGAGGCUUUUAAACGAAGGGUCCUGCUACCGUUGCUGGCACUUCCCACGCCCACCCAAAACCUGUUCCUGCUUGUGGACUCUCUGGAUGAGAGUUGCAGUUGCUGCCAAUCAGACGGGUUCCCAUCAGAGACCAGUUGUACUAUUGCUGAGCUGUUGGCCAAUCACCAUGAGCUCCUGCCGCCGUGGCUGCUUUUGGUUUGCUCCACACGAAGGCAGAACAAAACUGUCAGCAGGAUGUUUACAGGCUUCCGGAGGCUGUGCUUGGAUGAUCUGAGGAAGGCUCACAUUGUGCGGGACAUUCAGCAGUACAUUCUGUGUCGUCUGGACCGCGAGGAGGGUCUGCGCCAGCACCUGACCCUGGAUACUGCAGAAAUGCUCAAUCAGCUGCACAUCAAGAGCAAUGGCUGCUUCCUGUACCUGGAGAGGGUGUUGGACGGAGUGUCGGAGGGCUCAAUUCUUCUCAGAGAGAUCCGCCAUAUACCUGGAACCCUGAAUGGCCUGUACCUGUGGCUCUGCCAGCGACUCUUCUCGGGCAAGCAGUUCUACCAGGCACAGACACUUCUGAAUGUCCUCUUGGCGUCUCCACAGCCCCUUUCUGCGUCUGAAUUACGCAGUGCCGUUUGGACCAGGCAAAUGCAGAACUGGAGUGAAAGAGACUUUGAGAAAAGCUUGGAGUCCAUCUCUGUAUUGAUGAGAUCAGUAGAUGAUCCACAAGGUUCCCAAGUGCUGUUCCACCACAGCUUCUCAGAGUGGCUACUAGAUGUGAAAUACUGUACCCAGAAAUACCUGUGCAAUGUGUCUGAGGGUCACAGCAUGCUGGCCAUGACCCUUUCUACCCGGGCACGGUAUCUGCAGCCCAAUGAGGUUCACCAACUGGCCAGACACCUUCUCUUGUGUGAUCUGCGUGGGCUGGAACCCUCUCACCUGGCACUGUGGCUUUUAUGGGCUGAUGUCCCUGUCUCAGAUUGUUUGAUCUCUGAUAUCCCAUUGGAGCUCGAUGUCUUGCAGCUCCUACUUUUGGCCGGGGCACAUCUGGAUGGCUCUUGUGACCUGGUGGACUCUGAUGUUCUAAGGAGAACUCUGGAAAGGGGGGCUUCCGUGGAGCUCUGGUUGGAGAAUGGGGCAGGGCUGCAUCAACGAGACAGGAAUGGACGGACUCUUCUGGCGGCUGCUGCCCAUGUGGGUAACCUUGAGGCAGUAAACUUGAUGCUCUCCAAGGGAGCAGACCUGGAGACCACUGAUGAAGAUGGUCAGACACCCCUAGGUCUGGCUGCUCAUCAAGGCCAUCUCGCUAUAGUCCAACUACUUCUCAGUCAUGGUGCUCAACCUGACCAUCCAGACAAUCGUGGAUGGACCCCUUUACGGUCAGCUGCUUGGGGUGGCCACACAGAAAUAGUUGAAGCACUUCUGUCCUUAGGAGCACAGCCUGAUGUGUGUGGUUCUGAUGGACGUACGGCUCUUAGAGCAGCUGCAUGGGGGGGCCAUGAAGGGGCAGUAAAAGCCCUAUUAAAUGCUGGGGCGCAAGCAGAUCAUGCAGAUCCUGAGGGACGCACACCUCUCAUGGCCGCUUCUUACAUGGGUCAUAGAACUGUUGCUAAGUUGUUCCUGGACGCAGGGGUUGAUGUAAAUAAAUGUGACUCUGAAGGACGCACGGCAUUGGCUGUCGCCUGUCUGUGUAUUCCUGCUGGGCGGGGAUACCCCGAAUUGAUAUCCCUAUUGUUGGAACAUAGAGCGGAUACAGAGCUUCAGGACAGGGAUGCUAUGACCCCUUUACUGGUAGCUGCCUAUGAGGGGCAGGCUGAGGUGGCAGAGCUGUUAUUGGAGGCUGGAGGGAACCCUGACAGAGCGGGCAGAGGAAGGAUGACACCACUACUUGCCGCUGCAUUGGGAGGCCAUGCUGAAACCGUGAGAGUCCUGCUCCUUUGGGGAGCAGCAACUGAUGCCACUGAUGCAGAGGGUAGAUGUGCCCUGGGCAUGGCCUCUUCUGCAGCCAGAGGAGAGGAGGCAGUUCGGGUUCUGUUGGAGAGGGGCCUAGAUGAAAAUCACCGUGACCACCUGGGCUGGACACCUCUUCACUGGGCUGCUUGUGAGGGGAGGAGAAGCUCUUGCCGGGCUCUGGUGGAUGGAGGAGCCAAAGUGUCAUUGAGAGAUAGAGAGGGGUACACCCCACUGCACCUGGCAGCUCAGGAGGGCCAUACGGGUUCAGCUGAGCUUCUCCUAAAUAGGGGCGCACCCAUAGAUCAAAGAGACAGUGAGGGAAGAACGGCUCUGUGCUUGGCAGCUCUUGGAGAUCACAGGGGACCAGUUGAGUUGCUGCUGAGAAAAGGGGCAGACCCCAAUGUAAAAGACAGUAAGGGGAUCCCCCUUCUGCAGCUACUUGUUUUACAAGGGCUUAUGGCAAUGGUAGAAUUACUACUGGAACAAGGGGCAGAUAUUGAAGGGCAGGACCCUGAACGACGCACAGCUUUACACGCCUCCUGCUGGCAGGGUCACUGGGAAAUGGCUCAACUACUUCUAGUUAAGGGGAAGGCCCAGCCCAAUGCUCCUGACAAGGAUGGGAGGACUCCUCUACACUGUGCCGCCUGGCGAGGGCAUUCCACCAUCACCCACCUCCUUCUACAGCACAAGGCCUUCCCUGAUGCCCAGUGCUCACAGGGGGCCACUCCACUCUGUAUUGCUGCCCAGGAAGGCCACGAGGAUCUGGCCAGGAUACUGCUAGAAGAGGGUAAAGCCUACACGCAACAUGCUGAUAAAUAUGGCCGGACUCCUGUAAGGGUUGCAGGAAAGGGUGGGCAUCUAGGCAUAGUCAAUCUCUUGGUGAGUCAUGGGGCACCACCGUAUCAGGGUCAUGUUGUACAAGCUCCAGAGAAAAGAACCCCAGAUAAGAAGCCAAUGUCCAGACAGGAGGACAGCUGGUCCACACUAUCACCAGUAUCUACAGGCAGCUGCUCAAUGGAAAACUCACUCAAAAGUUCCCAAGGUUCCAUCCUGACCUCUUCCACUUAUCACUCUCAGGCCACUGUCCCAAUGGACAGCUUGACCUUUACUCAGCAGGUUCAGCAACACUCCUUACCUCGUAGCCGCUCCCGGCAAGCCAUUGCUCUCAUGAAUAAUUUUCCAGUUCUUCAGGUUGCCUCGGUGCCUCAUCUGCCAGGGACAUCCUCCAUGUUGCAUCAAGUCUCCAGCUCAUUUCAGGACUAUGAGUCAUGGGAAGGUGUCAGUGGCCACAAACCGUUAUCUUGCACUUCUGAGCAUGAGGUCAAGCGGAACUGCAUCCUCACCAAUCCAAAGUAUGGAAGUCCCAAGUACUCACAGGCUACGACUGGUGACAGUGGCUUUAGCCAGGAAAGAAAUGGCAACAUUGUGUCCUCUCCUGGCAGGACAAGGGUCCAUAUGUUCAGCCAACACCAAACAGGCAGCUCAGGGUAUUCCUCCAGAGGGACCGUGAGCCCAGGGGAAGUCAGAGAAGUGGGGGACCCUCUGCGCUCAGCAAUGAAAUAUGGGGUCCCUGUGUAUCCACCCAGGAAUUUAGACUCUCCCAGAGAGAAUGAGGACUCACUGUACCCUGCCAGGACAUACACAGACCCUGUGUCCUUUCCCAAGAAAAUGGGGAACGUUGUACACUCUACCAAAAAAAUUCCAGAACGUAUUCCCUCUCCUAGGAAAGUUCCAGAACCCAAGCACUCUUCCCCCAAAGAUCCACAGCCUAUACAUUCUCCAAAUAAAAUGCUAGAAAAUUAUUCCAAGAAAAUUCCAGGACAUGAACACUCUUGGAUUUCAGAAUCCACUCACUCUUCCCAAACAAUAGGUGAACCUAUGGAUUCACCAAGGAAAUCUGGGGAACCUCAGUACUCUCCCAGGAAAAUGACUGCACCCAUACAUUCUCCCCAUCAAAAGCAAGAGCCACUGCAUUCCCCCUGGAAAACUGGGCACAUUGUAUAUUCACCAAGUGACCCCUCCUGCUCCCCUACAAAAACCACUGAAACAAGAGUGUCCCCACACAGUACCCCCACUGAUACCCCCGGAUCUCCAGUUAUAUCCAUCACCACUAUGGACCCACAGCUUCACCUGAAACAAGCCAUUAAACUGCAGUUUGAGGGGCGCACCUGCGGGUUCAACUACAGGAAAGAAACUCCCCUCUGAGACAUAUUGAAUGUUCUACUGAGGAUACAUGUUCCAUAAACAGGUGCCUGUAAGGAGAGUGCGCUAUACAGGACAAUGUGGCAAUGCCAGAGGAACUCUAUGAUGUACUGGGGGGGGGAGAUCAUUGCCAGAUGGUAGCCGAACUUCUUAGCCACCAGUCAAAGUCAGGGUGGAAAUGCCUUGGGGCCACAGGGGCUGUUCCACCAAUUGAACACUCAGGAAUCUCCAGAUCUCUGCUCUUCAGUGUUGGUUACAAUAUAAGUCCCAUAUAGGAGACCAGAUGGUCCAUGUCAUUCCAAUAAAACUCUAAUGGUGUACAAAUGAAUUCUUGGGACUAUGUCCCUCUAAUUCCACUUCUUUUGCUUAUGCCACUGUAUAACUAUGUCUUGGCAAAGGGUGAAUACUGUCAUUUGUUAAUAAAAAGGAACAACUGUGUCCUGA